CCCAGGGUGGACAAGGGCAUCCCAGAGGCCUGUGUGCCGGAUCCGGUCAUUCCCAACGUGUGCUCCGUCAGGCACUCCAAGCUGUGGACCUUGUACCGGAUGAACAUCACCGAGAUCAAUCCGCUGGGCUCCAGUUUCCGCAUUCUGGAUUUCUACGUCCAGUCCAUCGUCAAACCAGAUCCCCCUGAGCAUCUUGCGGCAGAGCCGAUCCCGUAUGCGCCACGGCGGCUGCGAGUCACUUGGGCGUACCCCCCAACUUGGCCCCAGGAGCCUCAUUUCCAGCUGAAGUUCAGAAUCCAGUACCGACCAGUGCUCCACAUGGUGUGGUCCGUGGUGGAGACAGCCAAUUUAUCGGACAUCAUCACAGAUGCAUUCGUUGGGGUGGAGCAUAUCCUGCAAGUGGGCGCUAGGGACUUCCUGGACGCGGGAACCUGGAGCGAGUGGAGCCCCGAGGCCCGAGCCACACCGUGGACCAGUGAGGAGCUUUCAGGCUCAGUCCCCGAGAUCGGCAAUGAAACCACUAUAGAAGAGCCUGAACCGGAAAUGAGGGAGCCGUUUGCAGACCACAGUGACCCUGCAGAGAAGGUGGCAGUCCUCAUCUCGCUGGGAGUCUUUGCCUUCGUAGUGCUGGCCCUUUUCCUGAUUGCUGGAGCCUUCAUCUGGAUGAGAGUGGACCGCACCGUGAAAUACGGGGGGAUGAAAGCGGACUUCCUGACAGCCAUUCACAUGAAAGCCCUCCCAAAAACACAGAUUUUGUAG